AUGGCAAGUACCUGUGGUUCAACAUGUCCUACCGGGAGCGGUUUCUUUGCAAAUGAUCUCAAUCUUAUAGGCAGUGCAGUCUUCCUCGCUGUCUUUGCUUUCUUGACUCCCACCACCUUUUACCUGGGAUACCGCUUCCGGACCCCGGGCUUCUCUGCCUUAAUGGCAACUGGGCUAUCUUUUGAGGUGUUUGGAUUUCUAGGAAGAAUCCUCUUGCAUGAAUCGCGGGACCACCAAGGUUACUUUGCCCUUACGCUCUUGGGGAGCAUCCUAGGACCAGUCUUUAUGUCUGGUGCCAUGACAAGUAUAUUGCCACAUCUACUCGUCAUCUAUGGACAGGGCCAUGCCAGAUGCCAAUCCAUCCUUACCACGUCCUUCCUGUUUGGUCUCUUCAUCGUGAGCCUUGUACUCGACAUAGUUGGGACUGUCUUUGUUGCCUAUGGAUAUGGAGGCCGUGAUAGGAGUGCCGAUAUAAUCGCCGGAGGGCUGGGUGCCCAAGCCCUCUUGUUGUUUGCCAUAAUCGCCGUAUAUGUCUGCUUCACUACGGGCUUGUUCCUGAGUGAUGAAGCCCCGGACCCGACACAUGCCGACAUCUAUUAUUCUACACAAUUUUCCAGGUUUCUUCGUUGUAUGGAAGUAGUAUCCCUCCUGCUCUUUGCACAGACGAUAUAUCGGAUAUUCGAGAUGGUUGGUGGUCUGAGUGGUACUCUGUUCCAGAGCGAGCCCGCUUUCAUGAUUAUGAACGGGUUGGUCCCCUUCCUGGCCUGUCUCCUCUUGACGACUGCACACCCUGGCGCCGCUUUUGGGUCAUCAUGGGGCGCAACGUCUCCUCGAUACCGAAAGCGCCGGGGCCUAGCUCUUCCACCACUACAAACAUCAUUUAGCCAUGCCGUCCAUCACCGCUACGAUCCCAAUAUUCGAUCGCAGUUUUCCCCUUCUACCCAAAGACCACUUCGAGAGGCUAAACCACCACCUACGUACGGUUCUUACGGCUUACCAUCAUCUCCAAGACCAGUCAACAGGCCACCAAGCCCGAUGAUUUUGUCGCCAAUAUCGGUCCGAGCUGUGAGCGCCCAGAUGCUAACUGAGCGAUCGGAGAGAUGGGCAGCACCGACAGACCUGGUAGAUAGUGAUGUACUAUGGUGA